GUUUGCUUUGGUCGCCUUGGGGACUGGUGUCUCCCGGAGGCUUGCCCCCCUCCCCCGUACGGCUAAUCGCCCUGUUAAGCGAGAAACCCGACGCCGUGCUUUCCCAGCGGCCAUGGAAGACCCCGCGGUGCUGGUGCUGAAGCGGGCGGUGGAGCUGGACUCGGCUUCUCGCUUCCAGGAGUCCCUUGUUUGCUAUCAGGAAGGGAUUGACCUCCUGAUGCGGGUCCUCAAAGCAACAAAAGAUCAGAAGAAAAAGGCUCACUACAGAGACAAAAUAACAAGUUACAUGGACAGGGCAGAAGAGAUUAAGAAAUAUAUUGAGAAAGAAAAAGAAGAUGGAAAAUACCACAAACAAAUUAAAAUAGAAGAAAAUACAAAAGGUUUCAGCUAUGAAAAGCUGUUCCAAGAAUAUCUUAAUGAAACUGUUACAGAGGUUUGGGUUGAGGACCCUUACAUUAGGCAAGUCCAUCAGUUGUACAACUUCUUAAGAUUCUGUGAAAUGCUUGUUAAAGGACCAUGCAAAGUGAAAACUAUACAUCUUCUUACUUCCCAAAAUGAAGGCAAUGAAAAGAGUCAACAAAUGACUAUCCUAGAAGAGAUACAACAAUCCCUGAAAGAUUUUGGUAUUACUCUGGAUGUAUCAUACUCUCCGUCAAUACAUGAUCGAGAAAUUAGGUUCAACAAUGGAUGGAUGAUUAAAAUUGGAAGAGGCCUUGAUUAUUUUAAGAAACCACAGGGUCGUUUUUGCCUUGGAUACUGCGAUUUUGAUUUGAGACCAUGUCAUGAAACUACAGUGGACAUCUUUCACACUAAACAUACAAAGAAAACAUGACCCUAAGUUUCUAUUCCAACCAGUAUGACUGGUGUGUUUGUUUUUUUGAG